AUGUCUUUCCUUCAUCUCCCAAGGUUAUCCUCUCCCUCAUUCUCUCGCCAAGCCUCACGCACCUUCACCGCGCUAUUACACCCAUCACCAAAAUCCACUCUCACAGACACAAACACAAAUCCACAACCAAAGCAACUCUUCAUUCAAACCCCUAAACCCCAAACCCUCCCUCUCGAAAAACUCUUCGUUCCUCCAAACACCCAUCUCACUCACGAAAAUGCAAGAGUCCUAAAAGGUUCGAAUAUAUUACUCAACAAUUAUGCCACUGAUGUGAAAAUUAUACAAGCCGAUUUUGUUAAAAGUAGCGUCGGAACUAGAGAUUGUUCGCCUGAUGGUCUUCCUGAGUUUGCGCUUGUUGGGAGGUCCAAUGUCGGGAAAUCGUCACUCCUUAAUUCUAUUGUGCGGCGAAAGAAUCUUGCUUUGACUUCGAAGAAACCUGGGAAGACGCAAUUGAUUAACCAUUUUCGAGUUAAUGAUAGUUGGUAUUUGGUUGAUUUGCCUGGUUAUGGUUGGUUGAAGGUACUUGGCCAUGGGCAUUUGAAGCAUUGUCUUUUUCCUGUGGUUACUUUGCAUAUGAUCAAUGGGAUAUGCUUCAUUACCGCUUAUAUUUGUGGUUGGAUCCCUUCUAUUCUUGUGCAUCAUCUGGUUCUCCUUAUUUUCUUCACUCUUGCUUUGUAUCGAAAUGUCACUAUCAACUACCAUAUUCUUACUCUUAUCUGCGAGCUGCAUUCCAUCUUUCUAAAUGUGAGAAAGGUGAGACGAAUGGCCGAUAUUUGCGACGCAAGAAGCGUCAUUAUUAAGUUAGAAUGGUUUCUUAAUUGCACUACCUUUUUUGUGGCAAGGUGCGCGUCCCACAUAUUCAUCACAGUGAAACUCAUCAAAGAUGCUCACAAAUUUGGAAAGGGUGUGGAGUUACCACUGGCCCUGUUUGGCAUGGCAGGGAUGAAUUUUCUGAACAUUUGUCUUGGCAUUGAUCUCUUUAAAGCUUUUAAGAGAGAGAGGAAGUCUCAGCAAGCUAAUCGACAUCAACAUCGUGAAUGA